CAAAAAGUUUAUAACAAAUAAUUAUUUAUUAAUUGUUUGAAUCAAUUGAAUGAUUGAAUGAAUUAUUAGGUUUUGAAUUAAUUGAUUGAUUGAUUGCAAUGACAGCCAAACCAUUGAAGUCAAUACUAUCGGAACCGACGAUUGAUUUGUUUGAAGACAUUGAUAACAACAGACCGAUAAUCAACAAACCAGUGACCAAUCGGGCGGAACAGCUGUUUGACAAUCUGUUCGGCAAAUGUAACAAAAAAGUGGACACUUAUGCCAACAGAUAUCGCAAACCGUUUACCAAAAUCAAUGCCAAUGUGUUGGCCACUGACCGUACAAUUGAUGUGUACGACGACACCGACGAUGAAGAAGAUGGUAAUGAAAAUGAUAAAGACUUUGAGCCAUCGAUAAAGACAUCAAAGUCUAAGACAAAGGCCAAAGCAAAAGGUGUGAAGUUUGCCGUUGAUUGCGAUCAAAGGGAACGAAAGAAACCGUUGAAUAAUAAGAAGAAUACGAAGAAAAAGAAAGACUAUCCCGACUGUACUAAAGAUGCUUUGCUUCGGGCUUUUGAAUCGGCAGGACUUCCAGACUUUGAAGAGAUUUCUAAAUUUGAAUUACAUGUCACUAAUGUCAAAGAUGUCGUCAGAGCUGAUCCGCCGACACCUCCAAUGCAAGACAUUCUUAGGCCAUUCGAAGACCUAAUUGAUUGGCGAAAACAAGAAGAUUAUAACAUGAAUUUGAUAACAACUAAACCAUCUAAAUCUCAAAACAAUGAUAAAAGGAGUUCUAGUGAUUGGGAAACAGCUGACUAUCAAAACGAUUCAAUUGAAAACGAUAAUGUCUUCAUUGAUUCAGAUGCUAAUAAUAGUACACAAAAGUCAUCGGUUAUCUCAAACAAACAAACAAAUAAAAGAAAUCAAACGAAGAGAUUAACGAAUAGUCGAAAUCGAAGUAAAAUAAAUGCAUCGAUAAAAUCUUCUGAUAAAAGACGAGAGUCGGUAAUAAUAACCGCUGGUUUGGGCGCCUCUCGAAAAGCCAGUACUCCAGUUAGACGUAAACAUAACGUUACCAUAAAAAAUUUGUCACCAAUUCUGUCAAUUGAUACACCAGAUGAUUCAGAUUCGAAGAAAGCGAAAGUUAUCGAAAAUGAGACCACUUUUGUGGCACCAUUUCCUCCACGACCAGCUAAGACUGUUAAUAAAAAGUCAUAUAAAGUUCCUAAAGUAUCGUCGAUACCAAACACUAAACUAGAGAUUGUGAAGCCAUUGCUGUCAGAUGUGGAAUCAAUCACAGGACAGAACCGUUCGAAAUCGAUCUCAAGAACUUUGAUUGAUUUGACUGAACCAACUUUUAUUCGAUUAGAUUCUGAAGAAUCGGGAACUCUGGUUAAUAUCACUGCUAUUAACAAGAACUCUAACAGUAAUGAAAAUGUGUGUCCAAUGAUUUCAUCGGUUUCAACGAAAAGUGGAACAAACUAUAACUUAAGAAACACAACAACUAAUGAGUUGUCCAGUAUUUUUGCACCAAAUGUCAAAAGUACUCCAUUAGUGACAUCAAAAGUAACAAAUUUAUCGAAAAAGUAUGAAUUGAUUGUCGACAGAUCUCUAAUGGAUAGGACUCUAUCAAAGAUGUGUCACUCUAACAGUACAUCCAAACUGAUUACAAAACCUAAGACGACAACUAUAGUUGCAGUGUUGGACAAUACAGUUGACAGUACAACCAGAGCUAAAAAGCUAAGUCAACACAACGCCAGUGUCUAUCAUAUGUACCGAAAGAGUAUCGCUUCCGUUCAGUCGUCGUACCAAAAAAUGUCACAAUUUUGUCGAACUAUAGUUAAAACUGAUUCCUCAAUUUGUUCGCAUACUUUGGAUGACUUGAAUCAAACCGUUAGAACUGAUAUUUCAAAUGCUGAAGAUCUCAAACAAUUUAUAAAUAUAUCGUUGAGUCAGACAAUGUUCUCGACUUCCAAACUGAUAACUAAUGGAAAGCAAACUGUUUUGAGUGCAAAACAAAAAGUGCUUCUUCUUUGUGAACCUAAUGAUGUCAUUGAGUUUAAUGAUGUUUUUGAUCGAAAUAUUCUCAAAAAUUGUCGAAAAAUAGGCGAAGGCUCUUAUGGUGAAGUGUUUGCUUCUAAAGACAAUGGAUUAGAUAUUGUGAUUAAAAUCAUACCACUUGUUAACAGUGGAAAAAACCAGAGUGAAGAAGAACUUUUUGCACAAAUAUUGCCUGAAUUAGUCAUCUCUAAAGAGUUUAAUCGGUUAAAGAGUGAUAUAUCAACAAACUGUGCGCCAAAUUUUAUUGAUAUGUUACGUGUGAACACUACUCGUGGACUUUUCCCGACAAAAUUGAUUAAAGAGUGGGACAUAUUUGACGCCGAAAAGUUCAGUGAAAAUGAAGACCCGCGAACUUACGAUACAAAUCAAUUGUAUAUCGUCUUGCAGUUGGCAAACGGCGGCACCGACUUAGAGGCCUAUAAAUUCAGCUCAUCUGUCGAAGCCAUCAGUCUAUUCGCACAAUUGUGUCUUGCAUUGGCCGCAGCAGAAGUCGAGUACGAGUUCGAGCACCGGGACAUGCAUUGGGGUAAUGUUUUGAUUGCCAAAACAGAUGAAACUCAACUCAAAUACACCGUCAAUGAGAUGGACUAUUGUGUCAAAUCUAAUGGAGUUCUUGCGUCUCUAAUUGACUUUUCACUAUCGCGUAUGAAAAGCGAUGGUUUCAUAAUAUAUGACGAUUUAGCCAAAUAUAAUGAUCUGUUUGAAGGCAACGGUGACUAUCAGUUUGAUAUUUAUCGUAAAAUGCGUGAUAAUAACCAAAAUGAUUGGCAAACAUUUAAACCAAAAUCUAAUAUUUUUUGGUUGCACUAUAUAUUAGACAAAGUGAUCAAAUCUAAGAAGUAUAGCUCCAACAGAACUAAAGUCCAUAAGACAGGCAUUCAGUUAUUGAAAAGCAUUUUCGAUGCAAUACUUAAAUACGAUUCGGCCUUUCAUUUGGUCCGAAGCCAUCACUUCAAGCAGUUCUGUGUCGACUCUGGUCUCAUGUAA